UGGGCCAAUCAGUACUUUCUGUUUUUGAUGCGGGAAUUUCGGUAGAAACUGAGCAGAGACAUGUUUUGAAGCUGAAGCUGUUUUGAUGUUACAAAGUAGAGUAAUUGUAUGCAUAACAGACAAGUGUAAUCAGAAUAGGACCUUUAACUCGGCGAAUAACGGUGAUGGUAAUGUAAAAAAGUCGCUAGUUUGUUUAACUGCCCUUGCCUGCUAUUCAGGCUGCCAAGGAAACGUCAGUUUGCGAGUAACAUACCUUCUAUGGAAAUGGCAAACAUAAGGCUAAUGAUUAUGUAUGAAAGUGAGUCGGUGGAUCUACAUUAUACGAAUGGGUGCCGUUUGUGUGUAUCACCGUGUGGUUCCGAAUUUUUAUUUGAAAAAGCUCGGCCCGCAAGUGCCCACCCUUUACAGGCUAGUGAAAGAGUGCGACAGAGGACUCGGUUUGUUAUCAGUGAAUACAAGGCUUUAUUGGUGGAUGCUUUGACGUUCAGGAACAAGUAUGCCACACAUCCAUUUUUACCAGAGGAACUCAUUCCUAGCUACCAUCGGAAGUGGUUGCUUUCAACUGUGUCAGAUAUUGACUGGCCAGCAGAAGGCUCUCCUGAAACCCGCCCAGGUGGGGAAACCAUCUUGAGUUCAGUGGACGGCAAUGGGAAGCUUAUUCUCACUUCAUCUGGGGAAGAAUUUUUUGUGGAAUUCUGCUGCAGGGUCAGUCAGGGAGAGAAACAUCUGACCCACCAAAUAGAAGAGUCCUCCAUAACUCAGAGCCACCCAGUCUCCAGUGGGGAUAAAUCUGUGUACAAAUCCACAUCGGAAGCAAUCAAAAGGGUGAACAACCAUGGGAGUUGUGAAUCUAGUCAACAGAAGGGACCUAUUAAACCGAUCACAGUUGGGGAGUCUCAAUCUGCAAUACCUGGGAAUGGUUAUCUUUUCACAACUGUUGUUCAACACCACUCUUGUGCCAGUUACCCAACAAAUUGGCACCAUCCUUUGUCUUUAGCCAUCAGCCACUGGAAAACACAGAAUGGAGAAUCCAGUGAAAACCGAAGCAUGAACACACAAGAGGCCUCCACAAACAAAACUUGCCAGGCCCCAAAGACCGAUGGUACUCUUGGUCUGAAGUCAAUCCUUCCUGAAUCUCUGCCUCUUAGAUGUCCCUCUCCUCACAUGCACAGAUGGAACACUGGAUCCUCACCAUUCAAUGAGUCACACGAAGGCAUGGCAACAGACCUUGUGAAAGUGCUGUGGUGUCAAGGUGUUAUUUAUCGAAUUAUUGGUGGCACAGUUCCCAUCAUAGAGAUUUCUCCAGGAGAUGGAUCAGUCAUAAGAUCAAAUGGGGUGUUGGCAAAUUACUUUACUCAUCACAAAGCAGGAUGUAGACCUGGUGAUAACAUGGAGAGCACCUACUAUCUGAGCAACCUUCCACCAGACAUCCCAGGCCAGAAAUACUCGGUGUCUUCAGUGGUGAUGCGUGCUAACAGGAUUUUGGAGUGUUACAACCAAGCCAAAGACUCUCUGAAACUGGCGUACAUAAACUGCUGUUGGAAGAAGGAAGUGAACAUUUCCGAGCCCCUGAAGCUUGUCCAGGAAGCACACAGGCCAGACUGGGGGCAUUUUCUGGCAUUUUCUGACGGUAGUGCUGAAAUCACUUUUCUUGAUGGGGUCAAGGUGCACACAAUGUGGAAGAUUAACACGAUCACACAAGCACAGAAACUUGGUCAGGCCCACCAGAUGCAAUCAGAAGUACAGCAGCCUUGUAGCUGGUGUCAGCUGACUUUGCCCAGUGGACAACAACUCUUGGUGCAAGCUGAGACCCCAGGACCAUACCACAAAUAUUUGUCGCUCUCAGUUGAAUGGUGUUGUUGGGUUCAGCAGACGUGUCUCAGCCCCGACCAGGCUUACUCCCCAGAACCUGUCCAGGUGCAGAGUAGCAAAACAACAUGCAGCAGAUCUGUGGUAGCAGAACUGGAGAAGAUCAAGAGAUUUAACUUUCUGUUGGAGAACAGCCACCUCAUCAGAACUAACAGAAUCUCUUCAGUUCCCAGCAAGGAUUCCAGAACCUCUAGUGGCACCAUUUACUCUGUCGGCAAGAGCAGCAUCUCUGAUGCCCUCCAGAAAACAUCGAAGGCCAUAAAGGACAUUGAGACCCUACUUUCACACAAAGAGUAUGCCAGCAAUAGUCCAGUAUGAACAAGGGGUAUUUUACAAUCACAAGAUCUAUUGUCUGCAGAAUGGAUGACCAGUAAGGAGUGUUUACUGGGAAUUACUGUCCCCGGAGUCUACAUACUGUACCUUAACACCGAAGACAGGGACGGUUGACGAACGGGAAGUGUAUUUCAUUAGUUAUUCAACAGUGGUAUAGAGAACAACAUGGAGAAUCUCAAGGAUAUCCAAACCCAUUUAUGUCAGUGUUUGUGGUUUACAGCCUCUUCCUUUUUUUGAGUUGUGAAAAGUUAAUUAAAAGCUGGUAACAUGGCCUCACCUACAAGGAAGAAGAAAGGCGGAAGUAAGUGGUUGUACCAUAGACUGUAUACUGUAUAUAUACAGUCUAUGGGUUGUACCAUUUAGACUGGGUCUUUUUGAAACCUACAUCGAGUUCUGAUCCUGGUUGAUUUCAUCAUGGUGAGUGCACUCUAUUGAAGAUUCUUAAUAGUGCUCCUAAUGAAUUUGUUGGAUAUGUGAAAGGUUACUGCAGGCGGUACAUUAAGGGUAUCUGGCAGGUGAAUUAGGAUAGUUUUAUUUGGAUUGAUGAGGGUAAAAAAAGCAUGGUUCCAUCACAUACAACAUUGUACAUGGAGUGUUUAAAGACAUUAAAGACUAGCACUGGUAGGUAUAACAAGCAUAAUGCACUAAAUUGGGAACGCAUGAUUUGUGUGUUGCAUUAGGAUGGUUGUUCUGUUAAUACUGUCGGUAUACAGUCUGUGCUACAAUUACACUUUUCUUAUUCCAUUGCUCUGCUUUUUAACUGUUUUGUUUUUAAUGAAUAAAAAGUGUUUACGAAUUUACAAAAUGUAAUAAUAAAAACAAAAAUCAAUGUAAUUGUAGAAGGAGUAACAUUUGUGUAACAAGCUCUCCUGCCUUCAUGCAGAA